AUGACGUCACGCAGCUCCUGUAACAGGAAGUGGGUGGCGGCUCACAGCGCUCUCCAGGGCCUCCUUCAGGAGGAGCUUCUUGUGGAGCCUCCUGGUCCUCAGACGAAUAGGCUGCAUGUCUUUCAGGACCGAGCUGUACUUUACCUGAAGUACCUGCAGAUCUUCCGCAGUCUGGAGGAGGUCUACGAGCAGCUGGUGCAGCCUCAGAGGAGGCAGAUGGUCCGGAUGGUCCUGGAGGGGCUCACGGGUCGACUCCUGGAGCUCAAGAGUCAGAUGGUGGAGCUGGAGCUCUCAGAGUUUCACUACUUUGAUGAACUGCUGCUGGAUCUGAAGAUGACACCGAAGGAUCUGGAGAUCCCUGUCCCACGGUACUGUCUGAGAGACCAGAUUCAGCUGCUGAGACACAAACAGACCAUGUUCACCAACAUCCUGGAUCCACAACGAACCAACCGCACGGCGACUUCGGUCCAGUCCAUGACUCUGGAGGAGGCCGCUCGUCUGCUGCAGGUGUCUGAGCGCGCUCGGCAGGGACGAACCAGAGCCCAGUUCGUGAAGAUGCUCGUCCAGUCAGAGAAAGGCGUCCACAGACACACCUGGAAACCCACCAGCCUGACCCAGACUCAGGCCGCGAUCCUGAUCCAGAAGGUGUGGAGAGGUCACAGCCAGAGGAACCGGACCAACAGACAGAGAACUGAGGAGAUGAUAUUUCUGGGAAUGAUCCCAGCAGAGCCUCCUGGUCCCAGUUCAUCUCAGGUCCAGGCCGAGCAGGUGUCAGUGCAUCGGAGGCUGAUCCAGGAUCAGAACGAGGGGCAGUACCAAAGAGCCCAGCUAAGUGUGAAGAAGUCAGUUCGAGAAAUGGAGGGAACCAACAUCAGGGAGACCCUGCAGGAACAGAUCCGUCAGUGGUUCAUCGAGUGCAGGGAUGCCACAGGAAGGUUUCCAGAGUUUCCUGACACUGAAGACGGAGGAUCAGCUUCAUUAUUCAGUCAGAAAACACCUGAACAGGUUUCAGCUGAGCUGGCAGCGAGGGGGCAGGAAAGACAGAAGAAGAAGAGAGAGAAGAGAGGAGGACCAGAGAAGAAGGAAGAUGACAGUUGGACGAAUCCUGUCAGCUGUUUCCUCUCUGAAGUCGUCAAAGGAGACAGAAUCUACUCAGACUUCCUGUCUCGUCCUGAGAAAAUAAAGGUUCUCACACACCUGACUCUUCCUGUUUCCGUGUGUUCAGACGUGUGGCAUCGCCGUGAUGACCAACAACAGAGUGUUGAUGUUCAGCUGCUCAGAGAGGCGAAGAGACAGGAAGUGGAACAGGAAGUCAGACUUCAGGUGGAUGAGCUGAUGAGGGUGGAGCUGACACACCUCAAACUGGCUGUCGACAAAACAAAGACCAAGACCAAGAGAGGAAACAGAAAGAAGAAGAAGAAAACCAAAAAAAAGAAGAAGAGAGCCGACCUGACAGCAGACAGGUCUUUACAGUCUCUGUAUGAGGAGUUGAUUCUGGAGGGUGUCCUCAUCCAACCAAUGAGCAUCAAGCUCUCUGACUAUAUCGGUGAGUACAGCUACCUGGGCUCAACUCUCAGACAGGUGAACACUGAACCGAUGCCAUCUCUAUCUGAUAUCAGACAGCUCAUCACUCUGUACAGCGUCCUGCCUCUGGGAUCCCCGACGGUCCUGAAGGAGUUCCCGGCGGUAAAGACUCUGCUGCUGGCUGGUCCGUCUGGAGUUGGCAAGAAGAUGUUGGUUCACGCCGUCUGCAACGAGACUGGGGCUCACCUGUUUCACCUGAGCCCCGCCCACCUGAGCACCAGGUAUCCCAGCAGAGGAGGAGCCGCCUACCUGCUGCACCUGAUCUUCAAGGUGGCAGGUGAGCUGCAGCCAUCUGUCAUCUGGAUUGAAGACGCAGAAAAAUGGUUCUACAGGAAAGCUCUGAAAAGCGGUCGAAAGUUUGAUCCUCGGAGGUUGAAGAAGAACCUCCUGAAAUCUCUGAAGGCUCUGAAACUGGAGGAUCGAGUUCUGGUGAUCGGGACGACUCGAAGACCGUUUGAUGCCGACGUUAAACCGUUCUGUAAAGUCUACAAGAAGAUCAUCCUGAUCCCAAAACCAGACUACAGCUCCAGACUGGUUCUUUGGAGGGAGCUGCUGCGCCGCGAGGGGGCAGAGCCCGGUCCGGGUCUGGACCUCAGCUCAUUGGCUAAGAUCACCGACGGCUUCACGCAGGGUCACAUCCUGGAGGCGGUCCGCUCGGUGCUCAAACCCUACAGGCUGAAGAAGCUCCGCCUCCAACCGCUAACCGCCGCAGAGUUCAUCCAACCGUUGUCAAGAAUGGAGCCGGUGUACAGGGAGGAAGAGGAGGCCUUCAAGGUUUGGUUCAGGAAGACGCCACUGGGCAGGAAGAAGGCUCGAGCUGCCAGAACCAGCGAAGAAGAGGGAGGAGGAGGAGGCAAAGCAGGGAGGAAGAAGAAGAGCACAGAGGACAAAAAGAAGAUGAUGAAGAAGUAAUGAACAAGAUUACUGGACAGUGUUUGGUUUUUAUUUUCCUGUUAGAUAUUCUGAUGUGUGAAUGUACGGAAUCGAUUUGAUUAAUUUGUGGUUAAACUACUAAUUUAAUCCUUUAUUCUGAAGUAGAAAAUAACUUUCUAUUACCAACCUGCAAAGUAAUAAAUACUCUGUAGCUCAGUUAU